AUGGCGCGCGCCGUGCCUGCUCUGACGCGGCUCGCAACGACCCCCCUCCCCGCAGCCCGUCCCCUGACGACCACUGCCGCCCUUGCCAAGAAGAAAAAGGGCGGCGCCGACAAAGGGGCCGAGCCGCCUGCCGAUGUCGAGGGCCAGCUCGACCUGAACGCGAUCGGCGACCAGAUGGCCAAGACCGUGGCCAAGUGCGCCGAGAGUGUCCAGGCGACUGUCGGCUCGCUGGGCCGUGUCGAUGCGUCGCUUCUCGACCCUGUGCGCGUGUCGUACGGCAAAGACACCAAGGCCACGCCGCUGCACGACUAUGCGACGGUCGGUGUGCGCGAUAACCUGCUGAUUAUUACGGCCUACGAGGAAGGCUCGCUGAAGCACAUUGAAAAAGGCAUCUAUGCCGCCAAGCUCGACCUGUCCCCCCGCAUCGCGCCCGAGGAAGGCGAGUGUGUGAUUGUGGUGCCCGUGCCCAAACCCACGGGCGAGACGCGCCAGCUGCUGGUGCAAAAGUGUGUGCAGGCCAGUGAGCAGGCCAAGGUCGCGCUGCGGUCCGCGCGGCAGACUGCGCAGAAGCAGCUCAAAGCCGACCUCGACAACAAGGUCGUCUCCAAGACGGUGAUGCAAAAAGAGUCCAAGAAGCUCGAGGACCUGACCAAAGCGCACACGGCCGCCGUCGAGCGCCUCGCCAGCGAUGCGCAAAAGCGCCUGCAGAAGUAA